ACCAUGGUGUCGUUACUCUUCGCAAGCGUCGUCGCCGCUUGUCUGGAGAGCACGUUCUACGGCAUAUUCCUGAUACUCUCCCUUGUCAUCCUCUACCUCUGGAUCCGCCAGCAUGCCUUCAACAGCCCCCAACCGCGAUGGGGGGCUCUGAUAUGGGACCUCAGGAACUCGCCGCUGGUCAUUGUCAACCUGUUCUUCGUAGUCAUCGUCAGCGCGCACUGGAUAGUAGGCAUCCUCCGACUUCUCCAAGCUGUCGUAGACCAGGGCGACACCGCUAAGGCGACCGCGUACUACGCUGACCUGCGACAGCCGACGGACGUUAUCCGGACUGGGCUCAUGUUCGUCGGCUUCCUUGUCGGCGACAUCAUCAUAACUUACCGCGUCUGGCUUGUGUGGGGACGCGACUACCGAGCGAUUAUUCUUCCGGCAGUCACUGUCAUUGGCCUCGCGGCGACAGUAAUCGGUCUGAUGUACAGGAUGAUUGCCGCUACCCCGAAUGAAAGUAUAUUCGCGACUGAGUUCAACCGCUGGGUCAUAAGCUUCUGUGUAGCAACGCUUCUCGAUACCACCUACGGAACUAGCAUGAUCGUAUAUCGCCUAUGGACUACAAAUCGAGCGCGGAAGAAGCUUGACCUUUUUACUGCAGGCUACGGAAGUCCCAUUCUGGAAGCGAUGACGAUAUUCGUCGAGAGCGCGGCCUUGUAUAGCGCGUGGACCGCCUGGUACAUCAUUCUCUACGCGCUCCACUCUCCGCUUCAAGUGGUCGUCAGUAACUGCAGCCCCACCAUCACCGGCAUCUCAAUUAUGCUCAUCACUGUCCGCGUC